AUGUGGAAAGGAGAGGGUUUGGAUCUCAAAUUACCGAUUUUCAUCUGCGUGUUUCCAGUCAGAACAAACGGUGACUCUAGAUAUGAUUCUGGAAAAGGAAAAGGUCCUGAUCAUGCAGGAAAAGGAAAAGGUCAUGGCCACACAGGCAAAGGGAAAGGUCAUGGCCAUACAGGCAAAGGAAAAGGCAAAGGUCAUGGCCAUGCAGGAAAAGGUAACGGCUAUGGUUCUGACGGAAAGAGUAAUGGUCAUGGUUAUGAUGGCAAUGGCAAAGGUUAUGGCUCUGUCUAUGGAGGAAAUGGUAAAGGUCAUGGUUAUGGAGGAAAUGGCAAAGGAUAUGGUUAUGGCUAUGAAGGGAAUGGUAAUGGAUAUGGAGGAAAGGGUGAAGGCCAUGGUUAUGGAGGGAAUGGCAAAGGAUAUGGUUAUGGAGGAAAUGGUAAAGGUCAUGGUUAUGGAGGAAAUGGCAAAGGAUAUGGUUAUGGCUAUAUAGGGAAUGGUAAUGGAUAUGGAGGAAAGGGUGAAGGCCAUGGUUAUGGAGGAAAUGGUGAAGGUCAUGGUUAUGGUAACUAUGGUUACGGAGGAAAUGGUAAAGGUUAUGGUUAUGGAGGAAAGGACGAAGGUCAUGGUCAUGGUUACGGAUAUGGCUAUGUAGGAAAUGAUAAAGGUUAUGGAUAUGGAGGAAAGGGUGAAGGUCAUGGUUAUACAGGAAAUGGCUAUGGCUAUGGAGGAAAUGAAAAUGGUCAUGGUUACGGAGGAAAGGGUAAAGGUUAUGGACAUGGUGGCUAUCGCUUUAGAAAUGUCAAAGGUUAUGGAUAUGGCAGCAUGUAUGAAUAG